UUGCAUUCCUGAUCUUCCUCUUUACGGUUAUUUCCACCUUUUCCCAAAAAUAUUUCAAUUAUCGGAUCUCCUGUGUACAGCUGCCUGCUUACAAGUAACAUUCUCUAUAGUUUGGGACUUGGGAGGAGCUGCCGAUUCAUGGCCUCACAGGAAUCACCAGAUGGGACAGUGAAGAACGUUUUAGAUCAGGAGACGUUGAAGUGGGUGUUUGUAGGGGGGAAGGGUGGGGUUGGGAAGACGACUUGCAGUUCCAUCAUCGGUAUCCUACUCUCUCAGGUUCGAUCCUCGGUCCUCAUCAUCUCCACUGAUCCCGCCCACAAUCUUAGCGACGCCUUCCAACAACGCUUCACUAAGGCUCCUACCCUGGUCAAUGGCUUUUCCAAUCUCUAUGCCAUGGAAGUUGAUCCGAAUUUAGAAGAUGAAGAAGGUGCUAGUUCUAGUGGAAUGGAUGGGCUUUUGUCUGAUUUGGCAAAUGCUAUUCCUGGAAUUGAUGAGGCCAUGAGUUUUGCGGAGAUGCUAAAAUUAGUGCAGACCAUGGAUUACUCUGUUAUAGUAUUUGAUACUGCACCUACAGGCCACACGCUCCGAUUAUUACAAUUUCCCUCAACCCUAGAGAAAGGCCUGGUCAAAAUGAUGAGUUUGAAGAGUAAGUUUGGUGGCUUGCUUGGUCAGAUGGGUCGCCUGUUUGGAGUUGGUGAUGAAUUUGGUGAGGAUGCAAUCCUAGGAAGGCUUGAGGGAAUGAAAGAGGUUAUUCAACAAGUUAACGGGCAGUUCAAGGAUCCGGACUUGACAACCUUUAUCUGUGUAUGUAUCCCCGAAUUCCUCUCACUAUAUGAGACUGAGAGGCUUGUGCAAGAACUUACUAGAUUUGAGAUCGACACACAUAACAUUAUUAUCAACCAAGUGAUUUUCGAUGAAGAAGUGGUUCAGUCCAAAUUGCUCAAGGCUAGAAUGCGGAUGCAGCAAAAAUAUUUGGAUCAGUUUUACAUGUUGUAUGAUGACUUCAACAUUACCAAAUUGCCAUUGCUCCCAGAAGAGGUAUGUGGGGUUGAGGCUCUGAAGGCAUUUUCACACAAUUUUACAAUGCCCUACCGACCUUUGCUUCUGCGAAGCUCGCUAGAGGAAGUGGAACAUAGAGUAUCCAUACUAAAGGAUCACUUGAAAGCCGCUGAAGCAGAAUUGGAAGCACUCAGAAAAGGUAAACAAAAAGUUUGAGGUUCUGAAUUGGGAAUAACUAGUCCGCAGCAGAUGGCCAUAUUUUCUUCUUCUUCUUCUUCCUGAAUGGGAGUGUUGAUUUUCCUCCCCUCAUUCAUUUCAUUCCAUUAUAGAGAACUUUCUACCAAGUUAAUUAGCAUUAUUUUGAAAUACAAUAAAUAAUAAAUUGUAUAAUUGGCAAACUGCACAUUUCAGGUCCGUUUUUUAUAGAGUAUUUCAUCUAA